AGUCGAGUCGAGUCGACGCGGUCAAUGCACACACAUCCUACUUCCUUCUCAGCAUACAUUCACCCGCCAACAUGAUUGAUCUGAUUCUUCUCCAGGAGGAAAAGGGAGGUGACCCGCAAGUCGUCAAGGACUCGCAGGCAAAGCGAGGCGCAGACCCAAAGAUCGUCGAUGAUGUCCUCGCUCUCUACAAGGACUGGACAUCCGCAGAAUUUGCAGCGAACCAGCUCGCCAAGGAGAUCAAUGCCGUCCAACGCGAGAUCACGACCAAGAAGAAGGCAAAGCAGGAUGCUGACGAAGAGCUGGCAAAGAAGAAGGACCUCGACAAGAAGCUGGCUGACUUAAAGCCCGAGGUGGCAGCGAAGGAAAAGAAGAUGAGGGACAAGGCCGGCACCAUUGGUAACAUCGUUGGGCCAAAGGUGCCCAUCAGUCAGACGGAGGAUGACAAUGCUGUCAUCAAGACAUGGCACCCUGAUGGACCGAAUGCUCAGGUGGAGAAGAAGACGGGCAUCCUCUCCCACCACGAAGUGAUGAUGCGCCUUAACCUCUUCGACCCCGACCGCGGAGUCAAGGUAGCAGGCCACCGUGGCUUCUUCCUCAUGGGCGACGGCGUCGACCUCAAUCAAGCUCUCAUCAACUACGGUCUCGACUUCCUUCGCAAAAAGGGUUACGUCAAAGUCAUGACACCCUUCAUGAUGCGCAAGAGCGUCAUGGCAAAGACGGCCCAGCUCGACCAAUUCGACGAGGAGCUGUACAAGGUCGGCGAGUCCAGCAGUGGAGCUAUCUCCAAUGAGGACGCCUCCAAGCCCGCAGGAGCAGUAGCAGCCAGCGCGGACGAGGGAGAGGACGACAAGUACCUCAUCGCGACGAGCGAACAGCCCAUCUCCGCCUUCCACUCAGACGAGUGGUUCGACAAGCCCUCCGAGCAACUGCCCGUUCGCUACGCCGGCUACUCGACCUGUUUCCGCAAAGAAGCCGGAUCUCACGGCAAGGACACUUGGGGUAUCUUCCGUGUUCACCAGUUCGAAAAGGUCGAGCAAUUCGUCAUCACGGAUCCGGCGAGCUCCUGGGAUGAGCUGGACAGGAUGCUGCAGAACAGCGAGGAGUUCUACCAAUCCCUCGGCCUGCCUUACCGCGUUGUGGCCAUCGUCUCCGGUGCGCUCAACAAUGCGGCGGCGAUGAAGUAUGAUCUGGAGGCUUGGUUCCCCUUCCAAGGAGAGCACAAGGAGCUCGUCUCUUGCUCCAACUGCACCGACUACCAGAGCAGGCGACUCGAGGUCAGGUGCGGGAUGAAGAAGCAGGGAGACACAAAGAAGACGUACGUACACAUGCUCAACGGCACACUCUGCGCUACGGAGAGGGCAUUGUGCUGCGUGGUCGAGAACUGGCAGACGGAGGAAGGACUCAAGAUCCCCCCUGUCCUGCAGCCGUACGUUCAGGGUAGGGACUUCUUGCCUUGGGUUAGGGAACUUCCCAAGGGGACGACGAGCUCCAAGAAGAAGUAGGCUGGCUCCCGCGGUCGAAGGCAUCGGGAAGUGGAAUGGGGCAGUCAUGAGAGCAAGCAGUCGCGGCGUAUCACACUCUCGAAUCAGGCGAGGCUCUCAUGUCACUUUGAAUCAAAAUGCAAUUAGCUGCAGUAGAGCGAGAGGCGUCGACAAGCGGCGGUCGAGCCAUUCAAACCCUCGUGGACCGCACACGCCUACGUGAUCGAGUACGCGGGUCCUCCUCCUCCCUCGGGCGUGCACCACUUGAUACUCUGAUCCGGCACCUUGAUGCUGCAC